GCACUUAUCGAACAGUCAGUUUCCGAUGCACCACCGAUUUCAUGUUCAUCAGGCUGUCCUCGAUUACAAGCCGGCCCUUCAGGUGAUCAUACCACUCUCUCCUCUUCAACCUUGGCGUCUGAACGCAACCUGUGGAUUCUCAAACCAUGGAACCUUGGCCGGAGUUUGGGCAUCACUGUGACCGACAACUUGAGCCAGAUCAUUCGAUUGUGUGACACAGGUCCUCUGAUUGCCAGCCGUUACAUCACUGAUCCCGUGCUCUUCUAUCGGGCAGAUUUACGGGCCAACGUCAAGUUCGACAUCCGUUACGUGGUUCUCCUGAAAUCCGUUCAACCCCUCACCCUCUACGCAUACAACGUGUUCUGGUUGCGCUUUGCUAACAAGUAA